UUACGGGCCUGCUGGGCGGAUUUCUUGAACAGGCGGAGGAAGUGGGAAAAGGAGUGCCUACACUUACUCUGUACCUCACGGCAGAUAGAUGCUGCGUGUAAAAGCAGCAUUUACUUCUCCUCCAUACAUAUGUCAUGGUGUGCAUGCCUUUGUCAUGAUAUAAUAACUAUCAGGAUGAGGGAUGGAAAGUGAAAUGAGAUCGUGCCCAAACGUACUCCUCCCUACUCCGCAGUGUGCUACAAACCUGUUACAUAACCAUGCCUUCUCCGCCGUGGCAAGGCACGGUAUGCUAAGGCAAGGCCUGCAAGUCAUGCAAGACAUAUUUGGAGGAAGCUGCUAUGUCAUCUACCAUCUAAUAUCAUAUUUCAUCCCCAGACCUGCAGCAUUUUUCAUUUACAACAACUUACGCUGUUUACAACAGUCAAGGACUGGAGCCCCAACCUGUUUCCUACCCAUUCACCGCAAACAAUCUAUAAUAAAACCGCUGCCCAUAGCCGAGUCCUCAACCGCUAGGUCACUCCCCAGUCUUUCGUUCACUGUUGUGUGGCUCAGAGGGGAAAUCCAGCCUGCUAUCUUCCCUAUCUCGAGAGGAUAUUUGCUUACUCUGCCCCCUUCACUUCAUUAAUUGAUAAAUAAAGGCCUUCAUCCGGCCGCUUUUCACCAUCCUUCUCAUAUCUUUCUUUGUGGAGAUAGAAGAGAGAUAUCUCUCACUAUAACCUUUUUUUUCCUCUCCCUGCACACUACGAGGUAGUGUGUUUUAUCCACGGUUAGAUAUACAAACCCCAACUUGGCUUCCGCCCGGAUGUCACUUUCUGAUCCCUGAAGAACAGCUUUAUGAACCACGAUUUUUCGCAAAUUCAAAAAACAUAUUGGCUAGCUCUCUCGGCAGUAUUGCACCGGUUGUCAUAAUUAUUCAGCGAGAUAUACCAGUCUAAUCAAUCGUAUUAUACCCAUUCAGGAGUCGCAGAAGAUGGACCGACAGACCUAUAUUGAUGGACCACCGUCACCACCAUCUUUUCUGACUGAAUAUAAACCUCCGUGCCUUAGAGCAAUGAGGUGUGGAAUUGAAAAGCAGAGCAAAUCAUUGCCUUCUUGCGGUGGACGCGCAUGGACUGAGGAAGAGGUAUGACUGGAUGAAAGCAAUAGGCCGGUGGUUUGAACAUAUGUUAAUAUUCAUGAUCAGGAUACCUACCUCUACCGUGCCCGUAUGAUGAAAACCCCAUACAAACGUAUUGCAGCUCAUUUGUGCAAGACCGAGCUGGCUUGUCGCUUGCACUUUCACCAAAUGUCAUCAGGCAACCUCCGGAGGCGAAGUGCAAAGUCACGAUCUUCCUCACUCAGCCUGGAAUCAACACAAUACCCCAUUGAGGAUGCGAGGCGCAAUUACUCUACCCCUUCACACACAAGGACUCCGUCUCCACGCUACGAACCAGUUCCCAGCUACUUCCCACCCUCUUCUUCCCCGGCUUUUUCUCAACAGCGAUUGCCGUCGCUUUCGUAUCCGCUGGAGCUAUCAUCAACUGGUCCAGACCCCAACAAACAACCCAUGGCCCAUGCUAGCACAGCACACGACAGGAACCCGUCCCCACCAAACCAUCGAUUCCAUGUCAAUAUCAACGCUUCCAGGCCGUCGAAUAUACCGUACACCCACAGAUACUCAUUCCCGCCCCUUUCUACUCACGCUGCUGUAAAUCAUCCUUCCCAAGCCACACUACCGCAGCCUAAUAUAUCUGAUUUAUCUCAUGAUAUAACUUUACCACCAAUCCGAUCGAUCCCCUUACCCACACCUAGCCCUAGCCCGGGACCUGGUCCGGGCCCCUUAAUUCCCUCAAGGGAACUCCUUAGAGAUGUUUAUCGGCGUGGGUCUCACCCGCUAGCAGGGCAAUGCACAAGUGAUCUCCGUCGUGCAGCCGACGAACCUCCACAACAUCGAGUUACAGAACCAGGUGUUCAGCAAUUUACUCAAAGCGCUCUGCGAAAAUGUGCCGUCUCUUCACUUCUGAAUGUUGAAAGAGACGUAUGGACUCCUCGAGAGAUUAAGAGCGGCCCUGUGAUGUGAAGUUCCACUGCGAUGCUUUCCCUUCGCCAUUUUCUCCCUUUUACUAUGUAUAUUUUUUUCAGGAUAGCCCUACUGGUGGCUGGAUACACUGCAUAUUCUCUUUAAAUAUACCCUUCAAUGAACUUUAGUCCUUUUCCUCCUUAUUUCUCCAUUUACCUUACGUUGACGAGCUUAAUGAUCAUAGGUUGCUGUACACUCCUGCUCAUUCCAUCCUGUUCCCUUCAAAAAACAAUAUAUAUAGAC